AUGACUCCAACAGUAAAAGAAUUUACCAAGACCAUCAAGGAUUUUCUCCGUAGCCAUGCACACAGAAAAGACCUCAAGCGACUCGUCGAAAACGUCGAUGAAAGCAAAUCAGAGUCUAAGUCAAAGCUGCCAACCCUCGCUGUUUCUACUCUGAAACGUCAUGAAGUCGAGGCGAUGCUUCAUUUGAAGCUGACGGCAAAUGAUCCUGAUCUGGGAAUUGUGCCACCAAUGCCUUUGCCAACUGGGUUAAGAUAUAUCUUGAGAGUGAUUAAUGCGACCGUUGAUCAAAACGAUAUCUCCGAAGCUAAGAUUCGGAUUUGCCUAAACAUGCUUCUCAUAUGCGCGCAGUAUCAUGUUCGCUUGAAUACUACACACCACGGCCGAUCCCUCUACUUGAAGCCCGAAAGUACAUGGAGAUAUGGGCCAGUCAAGGACCACCACAAAAAAGGUCAAUUUGUCUGGGAAGCCUGA